GGAAGCGGAAACUGCGAGGGAGCGGUUGACAGCUUCUAGUCAUCGGAAGAGCACCGCUAGCAAAACAAUACAAUUUUGCAGAUAUGGAGCUGUGUGAAAUAUUAUACAACAAGGCAGAAUACAUCGAGACGGCAUCGGGUAAUAAAGUCAGCAGACAGUCAGUUCUGUGCGGUAGUCAAAACAUUGUCCUCAAUGGAAAAACUAUAGUGAUGAAUGACUGUAUCAUCAGAGGAGAUCUUGCUAAUGUCAGAGUUGGACGACACUGUGUCAUUAAAAGUCGUAGCGUAAUCCGACCACCUUUCAAGAAGUUCAGUAAAGGGGUAGCUUUCUUCCCUCUACAUAUUGGGGACCAUGUGUUUAUAGAGGAGGACUGCGUUGUCAAUGCUGCACAGAUAGGGUCAUAUGUCCACAUUGGCAAAAACUGUGUGAUAGGCCGUCGCUGCGUCUUGAAGGACUGUUGUAAGAUAUUGGAUAAUACUGUACUUCCACCAGAGACAGUCGUACCUCCAUUCACAGUAUUUUCUGGUUGUCCAGGUUUGUUUUCAGGAGAGCUCCCUGAAUGUACACAGGAACUGAUGAUCGAUGUUACCAAGAGUUACUACCAGAAGUUCCUCCCUCUCAGUCAGAUUUAGGACUAAACUUGAAUGUUUCUCUCUGGGACCAAAGGCACUCAUGGACUAUUCCCCCAUCCUGUACUCUAGGUUCCAGUUUAAAAAAAAAAAACAUGAAGAGCAACAUGCAUCUUUUCUAUAAUGUCUGCCAUAAUUUCUGUUCUUAUGCACAGAUGUACCUACUUGCAGUUAAAUCCUUGUUUGUGAUUAUAGCUAUACUAAUAUAGAAAAUAUAAGUAAGACACAAACCAUAUCUUACAGUACCUGCAUUUCAUGUCAGUAUGCGUAGAUCUCUGUUAAUGGAUCUUAUGCCAAUGCACACAUUGCUUAAAAAAUUACUUAAAGAAAAAAGACUCAAUGAUCAGCUUAUAGACUAAAUGGCCUUUAUUUAUUAAAAUGCUCAGCUGGAUCAUGACUUUGCAACACUACAUGUUUCCUGUGUGCAAAAGCCAAUUAUUACAGUUGUUAAUAAAUGUUUUUUAUGUAUA